ACAUUUGCCCCAAACCCGCGUUUCUCUCUCCUAAACAAACACAUCAUCAUCAUCUUCUCACCCACUUUCUCUCUCUCUCUCUCUCUCUCUCUAGGGUUUCAGGAUUCCAUUCACUUCUUCAACUGGAUUCAAUGCUGCUUUAGCUUCUUCUAGAUCUGCUUUCACCUUCUUCGCUGGUAACAGACAAGGAAUUAUUAUGAGAAUCAAUAGCUUAAAAUGAGUGAAAAGGAAACUAUGAAGAUGAAAACAAUGCCUCCGCUUGUACCUCUUGGGACUCUGAUAGGUCGUGAGCUUAGGCAUGGAAAUGUGGAAAAGCCUACUAUCAAUUAUGGACAGGCGGCCCUUGCGAAGAAAGGGGAGGAUUAUUUCUUAAUCAAGCCUGAUUUUCUGAGAGUUCCCGAGGAUCCAUCAACAUCUUUCUCGGUUUUCGCGAUAUUUGAUGGGCAUAAUGGUAUAUCAGCUGCCAUUUUUGCAAAGGAAAAUUUGUUGAACAACAUUUUAAGUGCGAUUCCUCAAGGAUGUGACCGUGAAGAAUGGCUUCAAGCGCUUCCUCGAGCGUUAGUUGCAGGGUUUGUGAAAACUGACAUAGAGUUUCAACAGAAAGGCGAGACAUCUGGUACAACUGUUACAUUCGUUGUGAUUGACGGGUGGACUAUAACCGUUGCAUCUGUCGGUGAUUCACGAUGCAUAUUAGACACACAAACUGGUGUGGUAUCGCUACUCACAGUUGAUCAUAGGCUUGAAGAGAAUGUUGAAGAAAGGGAACGUGUAACAGCAAGUGGUGGUGAAGUUGGGCGCCUCAAUAUCUUUGGAGGGAACGAGGUUGGUCCACUACGUUGUUGGCCUGGCGGGUUGUGUCUCUCAAGGUCCAUUGGUGAUACAGAUGUUGGGGAGUUUAUAGUUCCAAUACCACACGUUAAGCAAGUGAAGCUUUCAAAUUGCGGGGGGAGACUUAUAAUUGCUUCUGAUGGUAUUUGGGAUGCGUUAUCAUCUGACAUGGCUGCUCAGUGUUGCCGUGGAUUGCCUGCAGAGCUUGCUGCAAAGCUUGUUGUCAAGGAGGCUCUUAGGUCGCGUGGACUAAAAGAUGACACAACAUGUGUGGUUGUUGAUAUCAUUCCUUAUGGUUAUCCAGCCAUACCUCAAACACCUAAAAAGAAACAAAAUCUGCUGACUUCACUUAUUCCCGGAAAGAGGUUUCAUAACUCUUUGAAUAAAGAACCGAAUAAGCUUUCAGCUGUUGGGACUGUAGAGGAGUUAUUUGAAGAGGGGUCUGCAAUGCUUGCUGAAAGGCUGGGAAAAGAUUUGGCUUUAAAUUCAAACUCGGGAACCUUUAGAUGUGCGGUUUGUCAAGGGAACGAGGCACCAAAUGACGAUUUAUCUGUGGGACCCAUGCUGUGCUUGAAAUGUAGCAGAAAGAAAGAUGCAAUGGAAGGGAAAAGGGCAAAUGUAGGACACUGAUGGUAUAAACUUACCAGUAAAUACUAAUACAUUCUUUGAUUGGCAGUGACAGCGUGAGUGUGAUUUCUUGUGUGGGACUGACUAAUUAUGAACAAAUGCUACAUUUCUAUAUAUUGUAAGAAAAUAUGAGUGGUGGUGUUUGAUUGUGGAACGUAAAAGUUUAAUGUAUUUCUACUGAUGUUAAUCUUGUUUUAGUCGUUUAUGAUUCGUAAUAA